AUGGAGUUAGCCAGGAGUGCAGCGUUCAAUGCAGAAGACAUAUCCCAGCCAUCCACAGUGGUCACAACCGUUGCUGCUACAACUGCACUGCCCGCUACAACGGCAAUCCUUGCUACACCGCUGGCAACUGUGAGCCCUACUCGUAUCCCUGGCACCCCAUCUUUGCUGCCAGGCAUACAGUCUAGCAGGGUCACUUCCGUGCCAACCCUGGCUCCACGGACCGCCCUCGCCAAGCGGGCACUCUCGAAGAGAGCAAGACUGGCCUCCCCGACAGCAAAGAGCAAGACCGCACUCGCCAAGACGAGAAGAGCAAGACAGGCUCUACGUCGCAAGAGAAAGGGCGUCACCGGGAAUGCGACCAAAGCGACGUCGGCUGCGUCAGCUGCCAAUGCAUCUGACGAGCCCGGAGACGGAGAUGACAGUGGAAACGGCUCAGAAGGGAACAGCUCCAGCUCCGAAUCCAGCGGCGGAGCUGACAAGGGAGCUUUGGAGGCCAAAUCAAGCCCCAACUCGGCUUCGCCUUCUUCGGAACCUGAGCCCUCACAGGGUUGGAUCUCCUGGGUCUUCUCCAACUGGUUCUACUUGGCCUUCUUCUUCGGUACAGUUCUGCCGGCCUGCAUGGGGUUGAUGGCAUGGAUGCCGAUGCUGAUGCGGAUGGCCGGGCGUGGCUAG